AGAGACACAAGGGCAAGGAGAAAAGAGAGAGAGAGAGAUAGAUAAAUGACGAUGGCUCUUCUCUUGAACUCGACGAUGACGGUUGCUAUGAAGCAGAAUCCCGCGGUGGUGGUAUCUUUUCCGCCGCCUGCUUGCUUGGGAUAUAGUUUUUCUCCUCCUCGUCGUCUUCGAGUUUCGUGUGUUGCCACAAACCCUAGCAAGACGAGUGAAGAAACAGACAAGAAAAAGUUUCGACCCAUCAAAGAAGUAUCAAACCAAGUGACACACACAAUAACACAAGAGAAGCUCGAGAUCUUCAAAUCAAUGGAGAAUUGGGCCCAAGAAAACUUAUUAUCUUACCUCAAACCCGUCGAAGCUUCAUGGCAACCACAAGACUUUUUGCCGGAAACCAUCGACGAAGACCGAUUCUACGAACAAGUGAAAGAACUUAGAGAUCGAACAAGAGAGAUCCCUGACGAUUACUUUGUAGUUCUUGUCGGGGAUAUGAUCACCGAAGAAGCAUUACCGACUUAUCAAACGACUUUGAACACUCUCGACGGCGCCAAAGACGAGACCGGUGGUAGUCUAACACCGUGGGCGGUUUGGGUUAGAGCGUGGACGGCUGAGGAAAAUCGACACGGCGAUUUGUUGAAUAAGUAUCUUUACUUAUCAGGUCGUGUUGAUAUGCGACAUGUUGAAAAGACUAUUCAAUAUCUUAUCGGAUCUGGUAUGGACUCCAAAUUUGAGAACAAUCCCUACAAUGGCUUCAUCUACACUUCCUUUCAAGAGAGAGCCACUUUUAUCUCCCACGGCAACACGGCGAAACUAGCCACGACCUACGGCGACACAACUCUCGCCAAAAUCUGCGGAACAAUCGCGGCAGACGAGAAGCGUCACGAGACGGCGUACACACGAAUCGUCGAGAAGCUGUUCGAGAUCGAUCCCGAUGGUACAGUACAAGCUCUAGCGAGUAUGAUGAGGAAGCGAAUCACGAUGCCGGCUCAUCUGAUGCACGACGGUCGCGACGACGAUCUGUUCGAUCAUUACGCCGCCGUGGCGCAGAGAAUCGGAGUUUAUACAGCGACGGAUUACGCCGGGAUUUUGGAGUUUUUGUUGCGGCGGUGGGAGGUGGAGAAGUUAGGGAUGGGUUUGUCCGGUGAAGGAAGGAGAGCACAGGAUUAUCUGUGUACCUUGCCGCAGAGGAUCAGGAGUUUGUUGGAGAAGAAGAAAAUGGCGAUGGCUAUGGAUCGGAUCGUCUUCUCCCCUUCAUCUUACGUCUAUCGUCCUUGUCAAGUUAGGGGAUCCAGAUCUUCCAGAGUUUCCAUGGCUUCUACGAUUCGCUCUGCUACUACAGAGGUUACGAAUGGAAGGAAACUGUAUAUCCCUCCUAGAGAGGUGCAUGUUCAAGUGAAACAUUCAAUGCCGCCACAAAAGUUGGAGAUCUUCAAGUCUUUAGAAGGAUGGGCUGAUGAAACCCUAUUGACUUAUUUAAAACCUGUUGAGAAAUCGUGGCAGCCUACCGAUUUUCUUCCCGAACCUGAGUCAGAAGGAUUUUAUGACCAAGUCAAGGAGUUAAGGGAAAGGUGUAAGGAACUUCCUGAUGACUAUUUUGUGGUGCUUGUUGGGGAUAUGAUCACUGAAGAAGCACUUCCUACUUACCAGACGAUGUUGAACACAUUGGAUGGUGUUAGGGAUGAGACAGGAGCAAGUCCUACUCCUUGGGCUAUAUGGACCAGGGCUUGGACUGCUGAGGAGAAUAGACAUGGGGAUCUUCUUAACAAGUAUCUUUAUCUGUCUGGUCGAGUUGACAUGAGGCAGAUUGAAAAGACAAUUCAGUACCUGAUUGGUUCUGGAAUGGAUCCAAAAACUGAAAACAACCCUUACUUGGGUUUCAUCUACACUUCCUUCCAAGAGAGAGCGACCUUCAUCUCCCAUGGAAACACUGCCAGACUGGCGAAAGAUCGUGGAGAUUUGAAACUUGCGCAGAUAUGCGGGACCAUUGCUGCUGAUGAGAGGCGUCAUGAGACUGCUUACACCAAGAUUGUGGAGAAGCUCUUUGAAAUUGACCCUGAUGGCACGAUCUUGGGCUUGGCUGAUAUGAUGAAGAAAAAGAUCUCAAUGCCUGCACAUUUAAUGUAUGAUGGCCAAGAUGAUAACCUGUUUGAGCACUUCUCAACCGUUGCCCAGAGGCUCGGUGUCUACACCGCCAAAGACUAUGCUGAUAUUCUGGAGUUUCUUGUUGAACGGUGGAAUGUGGAGACUUUGUCAGGCCUUUCUAGUGAAGGACACAGGGCCCAGGACUUUGUCUGUGGACUUCCUGCAAGAAUCCGCAAAAUUGAAGAGAGAGCUCAAGGAAGAGCCAAAGAAGCAGCCAAAAACAUACCAUUCAGCUGGAUAUUUGGUCGAAAUAUUAGGGCUUAAGAAGUUUACUACACAAUUCUCUUUCGAACUAUCCCAAGUAAGCCAUAAAGGUCUUCACCAACCAUCUCACCAAUGAAGGACCAGUUUUAAGACCACGAAAGUUCAUUUGAAUAUGUUUUGUUUUAUACGGAACAUUGUAGAUAAAGUUAUGUGGUUAGGUUAUGUUUCUUGUUUGAAUCAGUCAAGACCAAAGAAAAUUGAGUGUUAUUAGUGAUGUUGUAUGGUUACCAAGAACAAGACUUAAGAGUUUGCUUUACCUUUUUGUUGUAUCAGUCUAAAUAAUGUUCUCUCUUAAGUAAAGAGUGGUUUGUAACUCAACCCAUUUUCUCUCUUGUUUGUUUAGGCAUUUGUAAAAUACUCCUUUCGUUUCUUAGUUUCAGAUGUUAUAUAUAAAACCAAAAACUAAGCAAAAUCUGGAUAAAAAAUUUCAAUUUGU